AUGUCCGACACAGCCAGGGAAAUCACCUACGGCUCCGUGGCUGGAAUGUGUGGUAAAUUGGUCGAGUACCCCUUCGAUACCAUCAAAGUUCGACUACAGUCGUCUGCUCAUUUCCGCUCGUCCUCCACGAUUCAAGCAAUAAAGGAAACUUAUACCCAGGAAGGGAUAGUCAAUGGUUUCUACAAAGGUUUAAAAGCGCCGUUGGUGGGCGCUUGUUUAGAAACAGCAGUGCUUUUUCUGUCUUAUCAAUGGGCAUUGGCGAAAUUUAAAGAGAACAAGAAAUGCGAUGAGGUUUCUUUGGCGGUGAAAAGUGGAUGUGGAGGGUUCUCUGGGUUCAUGGCGGCGUUUGUUUUGACACCAGUAGAGCUUGUCAAGUGUAGAUUACAGGUUGAGAACGUUAUGGGAGGACACCUGGUGGCUACUCAGUAUGGAAAAGUUAUCAGAACCAUCAUUCGCAGCGAUGGAGUUUUGGGAUUAUGGAGUGGACUUUUGAGCACUAUGAUUCGAGAAAUAGGAGGUACGGCCAUAUGGUUCACCACCUACGAGUACUGUCUCCAAAAGUUUGGGGAAAAUUCUCCAUUGACAACUAAACACUAUUUAUUCAGCGGUGCUUUGGCAGGCAUCACCUUUAAUCUUUCGAUGUUUCCAGUCGACACAAUCAAGUCCAAUAUUCAAGUCAGCCACGGAAGCAUUGUCAACACGGCUGCAAGGCUCUUGGCGGCUCCCGGAGGAAUCCGCAACUUGUACCAUGGACUCGGCAUAACCUUGAUCAGGGCAGCGCCGGCGAAUGCCUUGAUUUUUUAUGCCUACGAGACGAUGAAGACCAUUUUGUGA